UAACAGUAAUUGCAGAGACUUUGAAUCUAGAAAAACGGAAAAUGGAAGCGACAGUGAUCAAGUAUGUGUUGGUGCCUCCUGCUUCCUCAACACACACACUUAAAGCAUAUCACACUAUACUAUAAACUUUCUAGUUUCUACACUCAUCCAUACCCAAUAAUUGCUGCAACAAUAAAAUCCUCGCAAAAGCCCUAAAUAACUUAGGGUUCGUUCAGCUCCAACAACUGCAACAACAUUACUUGCAUUCAUUGAUUUCAUUGAGUCAUUUACGCAAACACCUAUAGCAAUGGACAACGGGGAUUGCCAUGAAUGAAGGAAAGGAUGACGGUUAGAGGUUUGCGUGUUGUGUGACCCAAGCAAAUGGGAGUAGGGGUGGGAAAGGCGUGGAGGUUCAGCUUGUUGUGGACAAACCUGGCUCUCUCAUCGCAACCCAACACCAAAACCAAGCAUGUUUGUUGGAGGUCCAAUACGACGCCGUUUCACCACAGGAAGCCGAUCUGGCGCUCCAUGCUCUGCUGGUUCAUGCUCUUCGGCUUAGGAAUCGUUUCCCUUCUCACCGGUCACAUGGCUUCUGAUCUCGAAUGGUACUCCCAACACCGCACCUUCUACUCCGCCCUGGAUGGGAGUUAUCGUUCGCCGAUUGAUAUUUGGGAAUCGCAGUAUUCUAAGUACUUCUAUGGAUGCAGUGAAAGGGGACGCCGUUUUGCCCCUGCUGUGAGUGAACAAAUGUCAAAUGGGUACUUGCUUAUUGCAACUAGCGGAGGGCUCAACCAACAACGAACUGGGAUAACAGAUGCCGUUGUUGUUGCACGAAUUCUUAAUGCCACACUAGUUGUGCCCGAAUUGGAUCAUCAUUCUUAUUGGAAGGAUGACAGUGACUUCCACGAUAUUUUCGAUGUUGAUUGGUUCAUUUCUUCUCUUGCAAAAGAUGUUACAAUUGUCAAAAGGGUCCCCGAUAAGUUCAUGCGAUCAAUGGAGAAACCUCCAUAUACAAUGCGCGUCCCAAGAAAAUCUGAACCUGAAUAUUAUCUGGAUCAAGUUUUGCCAAUACUGUUGAGACGACAGGUAGUGCAAUUGACAAAGUUUGACUAUAGACUAGCAAAUAACCUUGAUGAGGAACUACAAAAACUACGUUGCCGAGUUAAUUAUCAUGCACUGAGGUUUACAAAACCUAUAGAAGAAAUAGGUCAAAAAAUUGUUAUGAGAAUGCAGAAGAUGGCACACCGUUAUAUAGCAGUUCACUUGAGGUUUGAACCGGAUAUGCUGGCAUUUUCACGUUGUUAUUAUGGUGGCGGAGAAAAAGAGAAACAUGAGCUUGGUGAAAUAAGAAAAAGGUGGACAACAUUACCAGAUUUAAGUGCUGAUGGAGAGCGAAAGCGAGGGAAAUGUCCUCUUACUCCUCAUGAAGUAGGGUUAAUGCUGCGGGCACUUGGUUUUACAAAUAACACAUACCUCUAUGUUGCAUCAGGUGAAAUAUAUGGUGGGGAUGAAACUAUGCAACCCCUGAAGGAUCUUUUCCCUAACAUCUACACGAAAGAGAUGCUUGCCGAUGAAGAAUUGAAACCUUUACUUCCCUUCUCUUCCCGCCUUGCUGCUAUAGACUACAUUGUUUGUGAUGAAAGCAAUGUAUUUGUCACCAAUAACAAUGGUAAUAUGGCCAAGAUUAUUGCAGGUAGAAGGAGAUACAUGGGUCACAAGAGAACCAUUAGACCAAAUACAAAGAAGCUCAGCUCUCUGUUUAUGGCAAGGCAUAAGAUGGACUGGGACACCUUUGCCAAAAAGGUUAAGUCAUGCCAGAGAGGAUUCAUGGGAGAGCCAGAUGAGAUGAGACCUGGACGAGGAGAGUUUCAUGAAUAUCCUGCCUCGUGUAUUUGUGAAAGAACAUCUGUGGAUGAAUUUGCCAGAGAUGGAUACCGGCCUCAGGCAAAUCUGACUGGAAAAGCUUAAUUCACCGUGAAGGGAACAAGGGUCGGCACACUAUUAAGGUGAAUAGAAUUUUGGACCAGGGAGGUUAUUAGGUGAGGAAAAAUGUUCCCCACUCGCUUUGUUAUCAGUAUCGUUGUGUUGAUGGAAGUUGCAAUACUACGGCAAUCCCGUCUCACUUUCAAAGAUCACCAGGGGGAUCAAGUGGUUGGUUGAUAGCCAAGUUUGGAUCCUGAAGACAUCAAAUACGUUGCAAAUGUUGAUAGAUAAAUGCCCAAGUGUAAAUUGUAUCUAAGCCCUUUAGUGUCGUUUGUCUUGCAACCUGAUUUAGUUUCUCUAAUUUUCUAUCAAUCAAUUCUAAGUUGAAUUAAA